CGAUGAUGUAUUUUAAUAGCUGGUAUGUGCUAUCGAAGGAGACAUAAAUAUCACUGUGGUCUGGUGCUAAUGAUCUUCUACUUUCUAGGGGUAUCAUCAACUCGUUUGGCACAUUCGAGAGUUACUACAUUGAUGUGGGUCUCUCCGGAAAAUCAGAAUCGGCUAUUGCAUGGGUUGGAUCAAUACAGUCAUUUCUUCUAGUGCUUUUGGGAAUAGUAGUCGGUCCAAUUUUUGACCACGGCUACUUCCGCUCUACUCUGAUCACGGGAUCCGUUCUCGCCGUGUUUGGCAUGAUGAUGACCUCGCUCUGUAAAGAAUACUGGCAGAUCAUGCUUGCUCAGGGAAUCACAGUCGGUCUCGGCACCGGCUGCCUGUUUAUUCCUGCUAUUGCAGUCAUCCCUCAGUAUUUCACCACCAAACGCGCAUUUGCAAGUGGCCUGGUCGCAGCUGGAUCGUCACUGGGUGGAGUUAUAUAUCCUAUCAUCUUCCAUCGUCUUGAACCGCGUAUUGGUUUUGCAUGGACCACGCGCACCAUGGGAUUUAUCAUGCUCGCGACACAAGCACUCGGAAUCUCUGUUCUAAAGCUUCGCACGACGCCAAAGUUCAAGCGUGCUAUUUGGGACCAGACUGCGCUCAAAGAUCCCAUUUUUGUUGUAUUCACGGCAGUCAUUUUCUUUGCGUUUGGAGGCGCAUACAUUCCUUACUACUAUGUCAAGUCCUUUGCAAACGAACGUGCGGGACUCAGCAGCUCGACCUCGUUUUACAUGCUUUCUAUCAUCAACGCCGGAUCUAUUUUUGGUCGCAUUAUUCCAAACUUCAUCGCUGAUGUUGUGGGACCAGUCAAUGUUCUUAUCCCGUUCACCCUCCUCACAGUCAUCAUUGCUUAUUCAUGGAUGGCGGUAUCGUCCCCGGCUGGUAUAGUUCUUUUCUGCGCCUUCUACGGCUUUGCCUCGGGAGCUGUGGUGUCUAUUCCGCCGCCAGCAUUGGUAUCUCUAUCUCCUGAUAUCAGAACAGUCGGCACGCGCAUGGGCAUGGCUUUCGCUAUUGCGGGAGUGGGAUUGCUGAUUGGCACGCCCAUCGCGGGUGCGUUGCUCAAGACUAACUUGACGUACGACGCGACUGCUAUAUUUUGCGGUUGCAUGUGCGCGACAUCCCUGUGUCUGAUGUUUGUUACUAGGUACUUGAAGCACGGGAAAAAGUUUAUGGUUUUUAUUUAGGCUCGGAGCUGGGAUUUUGUUGUUGUUUUUUCUUGAGCGUUUUUAUAGAUCGGGUAUCGUGUUUUUGCAUUGCAUUCGGAGAUUAUUUAAGAUUAGAAUAUAGACUAGAAUUA